AUGGAAUGGCUAUGCCUUCGAAUCAACUUUCUCUUCAAUCUUGUCGUCUUCCUUCUUCUUAUCAUCUUGGUGAACCUUCCAAAAUCAGCCAUUGACCCCAGCUUGGCAGGACUGGCAGCUACAUAUGGUUUGAACCUAAAUGUUCUCCAGGCUUGGGUUAUAUGGAACCUUUGCAAUGUAGAGAACAAAAUGAUCUCAGUAGAAAGAAUUCUUCAGUUCACAAACAUACCAAGUGAAGCACCACUCGUAAUUGAAAAUUUUAGACCGGAGCCUGAUUGGCCAACCAAUGGAAAAAUCGAGCUUGAAGAUCUCCAUGUCCAAUAUAGUCCUGCUCUCCCAAGAGUGCUGAAAGGAAUCACUUGCACCUUCCCGGGGGAAAAGAAAAUUGGUGUUGUGGGCAGAACUGGAAGUGGAAAGUCCACUCUGAUCCAAGCUCUCUUUAGGGUGGUGGAGCCCUCAGAAGGGCGGAUUCUGAUUGAUGGAGUAGAUAUUUCAAAUAUGGGAUUGCAGGAUUUGAGGUCUAGGUUGAGUAUAAUACCCCAAGACCCAACUUUAUUUCAAGGAACCAUGAGGACCAAUCUUGAUCCUCUGCAACAGUGCUCAGAUCAUGAAAUCUUGGAGGUUUUGAACAAAUGUCAUCUUGCAGGGAUAGUAGCGCAGGAUUCAAGGCUUCUUGAUGCACCAGUUGCAGAAGAUGGAGAAAACUGGAGUUUGGGACAAAGGCAGCUGGUAUGCCUGGCCAGGGUUCUGCUACAAAGGAGGAGAAUAUUAGUAUUGGAUGAGGCUACAGCCUCGGUGGAUACAGCGACAGACAACGUGAUUCAGAAGACAAUAAGAGAACAAACAAGCAGAUGCACAGUCAUAACAGUGGCCCAUCGGAUACCAACCGUUAUUGACAAUGACUUGGUUCUAGUUCUAGAUGAAGGCAGCGUUGUUGAGUAUGACUCCCCAGAUCGGUUGCUGAGGGAUAAUUCUUCCAAAUUUUCGAAGUUGGUAAGGGAAUUCUUGAAAAGAUCAUCUGAUAGUAAUCUUCAUUGGGAUCUUACUUGA